CGUAAUUGUUUACAGUGAAUUGUACGUAGCAUUUUCACUCGCCAAAUGGUCGUAUAAGGAUGGACAGUAAAAACCCGACGACUGGGGCCUUAUUUCAUUCUCCCGCUUAUUCGAUUGUGCAGUGUUACGAAACUCGAUACAUUCGUGCGUUGACUUUUGUGGAAUAAUGUUCGUGAAUUUGUGAAUUUUUCGUUGAUUGCGAGUAUGAAUCCAACGCCGGAUAAGCAGAGCGUGAGGUCCAUCCAUUGUAGAAUAUGUCACGAAGAUGGCAAUACCGAGGAAUUAAUUGAUCCGUGCGAAUGCUCAGGAACCGUGGGUCUGAUACACACAAGCUGUCUAGAGAAAUGGCUAACAACAUCAAACAGCACCCAAUGUGAAAUAUGCAAGUACGCGUUUCCGAUAAAGAAGAAGAAUAAACCAUUAACGCAGUCAAUUUGGCAAUGGUGGUUAUCGAAAAAUGGCUACGGACCCCAGGGGAUUGGUGGUGACCUAGUAUGCCUGGUUGUCCUGACACCACUUUGCGUUGCUGCUACUUAUCUCUGCGCAGUAGGUGCAGCAGCUUACACUCGUAACGGAUUCUGGGAGGGCACCGGAUUGGCUGUACUCUGCUUCAUGCUCGUUGCCACUUACGCAUUAUGGUUGAUUGUCACAGUAAGAUUUCAUUAUAAAUCCUGGCGAGACUGGUGUCAUCGCCAUCAGGAUGUCAAACUGCUUGUCAAGCAUCGGCCACUGCAUGUGAAUAAUGAAAUGAAAAAUAAUAAAACCCCGGUAAAAUCGGAGAAUAACGACAACACGAACAGACAUGUCAACGCGAUGGAUCACUAUCAUAACACAGGAAGACUGAGUCCAUGGUUCAUCAGACUGAUCGCUCGCUUUGGCGAUCCCUUCCAUGAAUUCCACCAAACAACGUGGGUCUGAUCAUCGAGGAAAGAGUAGCACUCAUCUCGAGUCAAUUUUACCUCGCGCAUAUGCCAAAAUACUGUUCAUUUCUCAGUUCCUUUUUAAAUUAACAUUGAAAAUAUGUGUUUUAGAACGAAUUGUUGUGGUUUUAAUGAUAAGUCCAGCUCAAAUAAUUUAAUAUUAUUUUUUCUAGAUAAAUAAGUGAAAAUUAACAGAAGAUUUGUCAAAUGGAGAACAGAUGUUUUCGCUUCCUACUGUUUUUGUCUGCUUGCACGGAUAAUUAUGAAAGGAAAUUAGUAAAUGUUGAAUAAUUUUUAAAUGCGUGACCAACAUCCGCCUUUUCCUAAUGUCGCAGUACCCCAACAAUAAGACAUUAAAUAUUUCCGAAAUUUCGAAACUGGAAUAUAUAUAAAUUUAAUAGCCUGUUUAAA